AUGGGCCCGGGAGACGCCGCCCGCUGCAGAGAGACAAUUUCCUGGGGGCGCCCUGGAGUCCCAGGCAGAGCAGGGCUUUGGCCUCCACCCCCGCCUCCCGCGCGCAGCUUCCCCGGGGACGCCAAGAGCACCGAUGUCCCGGAGAAGGUCCCCGCCGCCGGCCCGCGGCUGGGGGACAUCGGCCGGCGGCCGGCGCGCGCCUUCCAGCGGGCGGUGCGGCUCUGGGGCUCCAGGCGCGCGCGGGCGGCGGCGGCGGCGCGGGAGGAGCAGAGCCGGGCGCGCGUCGAGGGUGCCCUGGCCCGUCUGCGCGCGGAGCUGCUGGAAAUGCAUUUCCAAAACCACCAGCUGGCUAGAACUUUACUGGACCUACACAUGAAAGUGCAGCAAUUGAAAAGGGAGUAUGAACUGGAAAUCGCAUCAGAAUCUCAAAGCCCAAAAGAUAAUGCCAUGAAUCCAGAAUAAGGAAAUGCAUACUUGGAGAUCUGAAUUCUAAAAAUAACAGACAACUCUGAAACAAUCCUGACAGUAACAUUAGGGAUGCUUUACAUAAGCUUUGAGGGGCAAUUUGUAGACUAAAAACUUAGAGUUGCCAAGGGGAAGUAAUGAAAAACACCUGAGAGAGGGGAGCGAGAAAAUGGUGUGUUACCAAGUUUUAAAGUUAUUUAUUCAUUGUUUUGACUGGAACAUAAAAGUAAAAAAAAAAAAAAAGUUAAAAAAAAAAAGUA